AGCACGCUAGCUAGCUGACGCCACAGCAGCUCCAGCCGAGGACAUGGACCCGUGGAGUGCGGCCGCGGACGAGGUGUCCCUGGAGGGACUGGACGGCAUCACGGUCCCCACCCUGUGGAUCCGGCUGGAGGACAGACAGCCCAAGUUCCCCCUGAAGCUGGACGGCUGCACCAAGGAGCUGGUGUGGAGGUUCCUGGUCAGCAACACCGACCUGAGGUUCUACCAGCUGCCGCAGGAGAGACACGACGUGGAGCUGUUUGACAGGUUUAAAGACAUCGACCCAGAGACGGGCAUUGGAACAGCGAAGACUUUUUCGGAGAAAGACAAAGAGGUCUACCCGGUCCACAUACUUCUAGAAAACAAGGACGGGAUACAGGGCUCGUGUCCCGUCUUCAGAGAGAGGAGCGACAUCACCAAGCAUGUGCGCUCCGAGUCCCUCACGCCGCUGGUCAGUCUGGAGGAGGCUUGGGAAAGAUAUGGCCGUAAGCUGGUUGUGGUGGCAUCGUACAGCGUGCGGUUCCGGACUCUGAUCGGCAGCGAGAACGACCCGGAUGUGAAACUGAACGACGACUCGUACUGUUUGCUGGAGAAAGUGGGUCGAGCGCGCUGGCAAGGGGAGCUGCAGAGCGAGCUGCACAGAUGCUCCUUCAAGACAGAUGCUCGGAAGUUGCACUACAUGAGGAAGUCGCUCAUCAAAAAUGGCCUCAUCACCAUGCAGUCGCACGUCACACGAGCUAAAUCGGGACAGCAGCAGCAACACUCCAUUCUGCUGCUGCUCAAACGCUUCCACGUCAACAGGAGGACUAAGUACGACAUACUGAUGGAGCAAGUGUCCAACCUCCUCCAGCAGUUACCUGGGCAGUUUUCCACUAUGAUGGCGAUGAAACAACAACUUGAUGUGGCGGACCGUACAUUUAAGCGCGUGUUCCACUACAUGCGAGCUGCAAAGUUGGUGGAGUUAUGCCAGUUCCCUCUGGAAGAACUAGAUCCCAGCGCCAAGAACUGCACGACCAAAAAAGGGACUAAAGUGCUCGUGCGAUGCAUGAAACUGCUGAAGCCGUAUUCACAGAAGGGCGUCCCUGAUGAUGACGACGACGACGACGACGAUGAGGAAGAUGAGAGCGGAACAAGAAGGAGAGCUUUCCCUCGCUGUGGGCGAAUCAUGGAGAAGGAUGUCCUGACACAGGCCUAUCACAUCGUUUUAUCCUGCGGCACAAAGGGAAUGCCCAAGACUGGUAUCGGGCACAGACUGCAUGUUGGUAAACUGGAAUCCCGCAUGAUCUGCCGAAGACUGGAGAGGGAUGGUGUACUAAAGGGAUUCAUGGAGGAUGAGGGUCGGCAGAGGAUCACUAAAUAUAUCGGCCAUAAGUGUGGGAGCGAUCAGCUCAAGCUUUUUGCGAAGGAGCAGGAACGCAAGAAUCUCCUCUUCUCCACCGCGCCACAGACAUCAGAACCUGCAGCCGCAGCCGCCUCUAAAGCACCUCCGCCCCCGAGGUCGACAGGAAAAGGAAACACCAAAACGAAGAAGAACCAGAAAGCAGGCGGAGGAGGAGAUGAAGACGCCGAAGAGGCUGGGCAGACAUGUGGUGCUGGAGAAGUAGAAGUGGGCAGUGAAGGGUUGAAUGGAGGCGGAGGUAAAGCAAGAGGAAAAUCCAAAGCAGGAAGAAAGUCCAGAGGGAAGAAAGGCAGUGAGACAGAGAAGCAGACCCAACCUGACGUCCCUCUGAUACAACCUACACCGGCUGAAUGUGAAACCCCGACAUGCAGCGAGUCCCGGACCAGUGCGACACCUGACGUUCUCAUGACAGAAAAAACUACAACGGAGGAGGAAGACCAGUCCAACAAAACGUCUGUCCCCCCCGUGGCUCAGCCUGAGGCAUCAUCAAACAAACCAGAAGACAACAACAUUGUGGUUUAUAAACACGUUUGUCCACAGGAGGCCCCCAGUCGAAAACGAAAAACAAAAGUUAAGAAGAAGUCUCACGAGACGUAUCGCCUGUUGAAGAGGAAGAACCAGAUCGUGGAGGCGGUCCGCAGCCUCAAGAUCAUCGAGGGUCUAUACCCACUGCAGAAGAUCAUCCACGAUGAGGAGAAGUUGGAAGGAGUCAGCUCCAAGUGCUGCAAAAAGACCAUUCUACGUCUCGUUCAAACUCUGUCGAGGGAAGGCUUGCUCAAGUUAUACACGACCACUGUCGUACAGGAUGGCAUCACCAAGAAGGUUCAGAUGGUCGCCCAUCCGUCCAUUCAGCCCAAUGAUGACGUGGUGCAAAGAGUCCUCGAUCAGGUCCGCUUCAAAAUCUCCAGCUGCUACACACCCAUACGUCAGCUGGAUGGGAAAUCCGGAGAACAGGAAAACCAGUUGGACUCGGCAGGAAGUCCUUCUAAAGGACAAAAGGACAGAGCUGAAGAGAAGAAAGAGGAAAAGAACUUCAAGCCCACGACAGUCCGAGGACUGGGUAAGAGCUUCGGCUUCCAGCCUAAGAUGCAUCGCCUGCGUGUUGUCCACAACUUCCUGUGGUACUUGAUCUACGGGCACCCGCUCAAACACAACCCUGCUGAGUCCCACCCCACCGGGGAAAUAUCAACAAACGUGCACAUCUCUGAUGCUGAAGCCAAAGACCCGGACCACCCUGACAAACAGGAUCCGAAAGACACACAAAACAGCACCAACGUAGACGAGACCACGCAGUCGUCUGACACCGCAGAUUCUGCCGUGUCCAAGUUGGACUUGACGUCAGGUGAUGAAGAAGAGGAGCAGAAGCGUGAAUCAAAACCUGGUGACUCUCAGUCUGACAUGAAAGUGUACGCUGAUGAAGACACGUGGAAGAGGUUCAUUCCUCCUGCGCGUGUGCACAAAGAGCUCAGCAGUGGCUGGGCGGUGGUGGGCGACCUGCUCCUCUGUCUGCCGCUCUCCGUCUUCAUUCAGGUCAUCCAGAUCAACUAUAACGUGGACGGACUGGAGGAAUAUCUCAACGACCCUGUGAAGCAACACCUACUGAUUCGAGACUUGCCGCCCAGAAUGAGAAGACAGCUGCUUUACAGACGGAAAUACCUGUUCUCAUUCCACGAGAAUCUGCAGAAGCUGGUCUACAUGGGUCUGCUGCAGCUGGGUCCUAUUGAGAAGUUCAUGGAGAAGGAUCAGGUGUUUUUGUACCUGAAACGAAACACCACCAUCGUGGACACCACCAGCGCCGAGCCUCACUACUGGCUCAUCACGGAGUCACCUGACAAACCAUUCGAGAACCGCAAGUACACGUUCAACACCUUCGAGGACGUGGAAAACUACUGGUUUGACCUGAUGUGUGUCUGCCUCAAUACACCGCUGGGUGUGGUCCGCAGUAGGAAAAGUGCGACAGAGGAAGACUCUGCUCCGUCUUUUGUGCGAGAACGCUCAGUGUUCGUUGGAAUCGCAUACCUUCUGAAGGGCAGCCUUGAGGUUUGUGAUGACGGGUCGAUACCAGGAGACGGUAAAGGAGCCGCAGGUCUGGAUUCUGAAUUCUUUGCUCAUCUUAAACGUAACUGGCUGUGGACCAAUCACCUCCUCGCGGUCAAAGCGAACCCGGCGAUUUUCGAGGCGAGGGAGAACAAAAUCCGACUGAAGAGCUUGCUGAGUAAAAAUGCUCUCAGGUUUGCUUUCAAAGCUGGAGGAUCCACAAAACUUCGUUAUUUGACAACCAAGCUUCCACUGGUGGCAGAAAAUGUUGAGAUGGGAAUCGAACCUGUGACCAGAAACCAGCAGGUGGUCGGGGGAAAGAGACAGAAGAGGAAGAGAAGCAAAAAGGAGGUUGUCAAGGUCCCGCGCAAGAAGAAGAAAGAGCCAAAGAAACGCACGCCCGCCCACGACGAGGCCGACCACCAGGCUCUGAAAAUGAUGACAAGGCAACGAGUCUACUGGUCUGUACAGGAAGACUCUCUGAUGAUGCUCUGCAGUGUGGCCUCACACCUGCUCAACAGCAAGUUAAAGAGGCCGUUUGUUCCGUACUGUGGGGUCAGAGACCUGCUUCACUCAGAGUUUGAGAUAUCGAUGGAUAAAACCUCCGUCGCUGUCGGACGUCGUACGCGAUACAUCCUCAAGAAUCCUCAGACGCUCCUGAACUACAGGAUCUGUCUGGCUGAGAUCUACCAGGACAAAGCUCUGAUGAAGCAGCUGGAGGAGAAGAAACCUGCUGAUCCGAAUAAACUAGAGGAUUGUACUGCAGCUUUCCUGGAGUACACCCGGCUCCUCCGGCAGAAGUUCAGCUCCUUCAUGAGCCCGCGUGACAUCAUCACGCCGGACACCAAGCAGGAGCUCUUCUCACGGUUCAAGGUUUCAGCUAUAGACAGUGCAAAGCAAGUGUUGGGCAAAGAUACUCUCAAAUGCACAGAUGACAUUCACACCAUCGUGUUGCACAACCUGAUCCAGAGCACCCUGGCCAUGACCAACGGGCAGAUGAAGUCGUCCAGAUCCUUUCAGACCUUCCACAUGUACAGUAAGUACAACCAGGAACUGCUGUGCCAGGUGUUCAUCCAGUGCAGGAAGAGCGGGCUGGUCAACCGGCGUCGUGUCAAUCAGCCAUUUGGGCCGAAGAAGAACCGAGCGCUGCCCAUCCUGCCCAUGUCCUACCAGCUGUCCCAGUCCUACUACAGAUGUUUUACGUGGCGUUUACCUUACUCGCUGUGCACCGACUCCUUCCGCUUCAUGAGAAGUCUAAUAAACAACGGCACAAGAGACGACAGACCCGUCACUUUGUUUUACCACGAACCAGUAAACCGGUUGGAGAACGGUGAGCAAGUGUUGGAGCAACAAAAACUGUCCAAAAGAAAAGAGAAACAAAGUGAAGUGAACACUGAGAGCACAACAGUGAGUGAACCAGAGGAACAGCCGAAGGAUCCCAACGCUGAGUCGACAAAAGAAGGCGAGAACGAACAGAAGCAAGAGGAAGGAGAAGAGAAGUUGAUGGAGGUGGCCAAAACGGAUGAGGAGAAAAACCCAGUGGAGAACCUUACAGCUGGUUCUGCUGAAGAUCCGUCCAGCCGAGAGCAAACAGACGAUCUGCUGCCCGAAGAAAAGCCGUCAGAAGAGGCCGCAGCUUCGGAUCCGGAACCUGGAGUUUCAGCGGAUCCUCCAGAUGUGUCGGACAUGCUGCCGUUCUCUCUGGACUCCCCGGGUGGAGCCUGCGUGGUGUCACUCAGCCUCAUAUCCCUGGGUCUGCUGAACGUCUUCCUGUCCAUCCCCAGACAGAUGGUGGUGGUGGACAGCACCCUGGUGGACAACGAAGUCGUCAAGAGCAUGGCAGCUUUGGAGGAAGAGGACGACAAUGACGAUGAUGAGGGUGAGGAGUGCGAGGGGAGAAAGAAGCUGGAGGUGAAGGCACAUCAGGCGUCACACACCAAAUACCUGAUGAUGCGAGGGUUCUGCUGCCCGGGCAUAGUCAAAGUGCGUAACCUCAACACCAACGAUAACAUCGUGGUGGAGUCGUGUAUCAUGAGGUUGCAGCUGCGAGAAACACCUGCUCACCACAUAUUCAGCCUGGAGGACUCUCCUCCGCUGGACUUACUUAAGUGUGGUCCAUCCCUGGUUCCCUCCAUCCUCACCUCCACCGUCUCCUCCUCCUCGCUGUCACACGGUGUGGAGGAGUGUGACAGGAGUUUGAUCGAGCAAGGAGGAUACACUCCUCAGGACAUAGAAGCAUGUGCGGAUCUCAGGAGGAGCUUGGAGGAAGCUGGUGAGAAAGGCUUGGACGUGCACGACCUGUACCAGGCUCACGCUCACCAGGUGAAGCCCGGGUCCGGACGCACCAGGAGCCUGCAGCAGUACCUCCAGGACCUGCAUGAAGAAGGGCAGGUGUUGAAAGUCGGGGCCCAGGGCGUUCGGUUCGUUCUCCUGAAGCACGCGGAGCCGUGGCUGCUGACCGUCAACUCCAAGCAGUGGUCCCAGGCUCGCGUCACGCCGGACAGACUCAAGUUCUUUAACAAUCCCUUAAUGCGCAAGAGAUUCAGGCGUGAAAGCAAACAGGAGACCGAGGAGCCGCCGGCCAAAAGAGCUGCUUUGGACAAACAAGAGAGCAAAGAUGGAGCGGACGGAGAGAAUGGAGAGAAUGGAGAGAAUGGAGAGAAUGGAGAGAAUGGAGAGAAUGGAGAGGUCGGAGUAGACGGAGUGGGAAGUGACGUGACAAGAGAGACGCCGAACGAGGAGGCACAGACGGAAAAACCGACGGAAAAACCCAUGAGGUCAGAUGAGGGAAGUGGAGAAAAACAAUUGACUUUGGAAGAAGCGGAGCCAGUGGAGCAGACCCAGCGUGAAGAGGAAGGGGAGGAGCCGACCGGACAGGAGAAGAUGGAAACUGAGGUGCCACACGAAGAAAAGAGAGAGUUGAGAAGCAGCAAAUGUACUGUAGACGAUGAAAAUGUUGAAGAAGCGUCAGGAUUAUCUGAUGCAGAUGAAAACGUGAGUUUCAUCAGCCGGCCAUGGCGCCUGGUGGACGGCAAACUGAACCGCCUGGUGUGUAAGGGCAUGCUGGAGUCCGUUCUCUACCAGAUCAUGUCCCGACCCGGCGUCACGCAGCAGGCGCUGGUGGAGCAUUACACCAAUGUGCUGCAGCCAAUGGCCGUCAUGGACCUGGUGCAGGCACUGCUGGAGAUUGGUUCUGUGGCGAAGAAAACUCUGGUGAAAAGUCCCAAGCCGUCCCUGUUCAGUCGCCCGGGGAACCAGACGAGACGCCAGGCCGAAGAGAAGCUGGAGGACCCGAGCUCUGUGUUCUACGAGCCGACCAUCAGCUGCUGCCUGCGGCUCAGUCGGCUCCUCCCCAACGAGCGCCACUGGAACUGCUGCAUACCCUGAAGGUGUUCGUCCACCUGGCUCCACCUUGGAACCGCCGUCAGAUGUAUAAUAAUUCUAAUUUAGUUUAGCGACGUUCAGACUCUGUUCUGAUACUUUCAUGACAAUUCUGGUUUUACAGAAACAGGGAUUUCUUUGUAUUUUUUUCAGGGUUUGUCCUAAAAUGUAAUUGGGUUUUUGUGUUCAACUUUUUGUAAUCUAACGUUACAAUUUAAAUAAAAAUACCUCACGUGA